GACGCCCCCCUCCCCUCCCCUCCCUAAAAAAAAAAAAAAAAAACUUGCGCUAAACCUCUUUUCAGUCCACUCUUCUCGAAUAUCGGACCGAAGCGUCACCAAGUGCGGCUUGAACGUUCCUUUCGCCGACAGGACGCAGGUGCACUGGAAACCGGGACAAUUGGGGGUGUUUAGUUGAACGACGAUGGCUGCGGCUCUCCAGACGGCUGCCUCCUGGCGGGGUUGGAUGAUGUGAUCGUGGAUUCACAGCACUUUUUUCAUUUUUUCUUCCGACAGCUUUUUAAAAAAAAAUUAAAAAAAAUAAUAAUCCUGUUGCUUAAAGGAUGGAAGCACUUUUUGGCCAUUCCACAAAGGGCGCCUGCGUGAUGUAAGAGCCAUGAAGCCUCAUCUGAGGGGAAUUAUGCGCUCUCUUCCUCGCCUUCUACACCAUGUUUGCUUUCUCCUCGCCGUGCCCCGCAUCCUUCCGCUCCGUGGCCAGUCGUCGCCCGAGGCGAGGGCCGGACAGGGCCUGCUGCUCUUCACCUCGCCCGCCUACAACGCCUCCGUCUUUGAGAACUCUGCGGCAAGAACCUACGCCAGGAGCGAGACCAAGAUGGGGGUCGCUCUGGGGCUGCCGCCCCGGUCUUUCGACGUCCGGUUUUCCAUUGAAUCUGGGGACGGCGAGGGCAUCUUCCAGGCAGAGGAGUUCGCGAUGGGAGAUUUCUGUUUCCUCCGCAUUCGCACAAACAGCGGCGCCACUUUGAACCGGGAGGUGCAAGACAACUACACGCUGACGGUCAAGGCAUCCGCCCAGAGAGGCAUGGAGGCGUUAAGUACCGUUUAUAUAAAAGUCCUGGACACUAAUGACCUGCGACCACUCUUCUCCCCGACCUCCUAUUCCUUUGUGGUGUCCGAGAGCGCCCCGCUGGGUGCCAGCGUCGGCCGCGUGACAGCCACGGAUGCCGACGUGGGCUCGAACGGGGAGUUUUACUACUUCUUCAAGAAUAAAGUGGCACUCUUUGCCGUGCACCCGACCAGCGGCGUCGUCACACUGACAGGCCAGCCCAGGAUUGAUAAGCAAGAGCGCUUUGAGCUGGAGGUGCAGGUGGUGGACAGAGGCAUGAAGCUCUACGGCAACAACGGCAUCAGCAGCACCGCCAGACUUGUCGUAACCGUCGUGCAGCUCAAUGAGUUCGCACCUGUUCUCAGGGCGCUUGUCGUCGUUCCGCCCUGGUCUGAUAAGAACCCGGUUGUUGCCAAAGUGACGGUGGAAGAUAAAGAUGAGGGGGUCGGCGGGUACAUAGACUGGGUGUCCAUUAUUGAUGGCGAUCCGCUUGAGCAGUUUGUGAUUGAACGAUCGCCUCUGGGGAAUGAGUACUGGGUUAGAACCCCAGAACAAGUGGACUGGGACAAAUACCCGUAUGGUUGCAACCUAACCUUUCAGGCUAAAGACAGAGGCGCCCCUCCAAAGUUUUCCAACACUCAAGUGGUUCAGUUGCUGCUUGCAAAGCCAGAACCCGUAUUAAAGAGUUUUGAGAAAGACGUUUAUGAAGUGGUGCUGAGUGAAAUUGCUCCCCUAGGGACUUUUGUAGAGGUGGUGAAAAUCUCCCCUCCUCCCGCGAGCGUCAAUUACAGCUUUAGCAGCCUCUCAGAACUAAUGUACUUUGAUAUAAAUCCGUUAACUGGCGUUAUUAUGACCUCCAGGCAUCUGACAAGGAUAUCACAGAUUUUCAUGGAGAUGGAAGUGCUCGACGCUGUCAGCCAGCUGAGAGCAAAGGUCCGAAUCACAGUCGAGGAUGCUAAUGAUAACUCUCCGGUGUUCAGCCGGCCGUUUUAUGACAUAUCCAUCAAUGAAAGCUUAGCUGUCGGCACUGUUGUUCUGGUUGUGUCCGCUGUGGAUGAUGACAAAGGAGAGAAUGGCUACAUCACUCACACAAUCAGCGGCCCGCGGUGGCUACCUUUCACCAUAAACCAGAGCACGGGGGAGGUGAGGAUCACACGAGACCUGGACUUUGAGUCGACAGGGGACAUUUAUAAGUUUGCGGUACGGGCCUCAGACUGGGGUUCGCCUUACAGAAGAGAGAGUGAAGUCAACGUAACGGUUCGUUUAAUGAAUAUAAACGACAACCCGCCUGUCUUUGAAAGCGUUUCAUGCAGAGGAAUGAUAGGUCGAGAGUUCCCCGUCAGCCAGACCAUUGUCACGCUGUCGGCCGUGGACAUGGACGAGCUGGGUAUGGUGAGGUACAAAUUGGUCUCAGGAAACGAGUUGGGCUACUUCAACUUGAACGCAGAGUCUGGCGCUUUGUCACUGAAGCGGUCGUUAUCAGCGGCCAAUUUAAAAAGCGGGAUGUUCAACUUGAAAAUAGUCGCCACGGACGGGGAGUUGUUCUCCGAUCCGAUGUUUGCGAACGUAUCCGUAGGGAGGGGCUCGGUGCCACCAAGGGGACUUAACUGUAAGGACACCCAGGUGGCCCAGAUAAUGGCGGAGAAAAUGCUGUCGAAGGCUUCGGCUAUGGCACAAGCAACACAGGACGAGAGAAGUCCAGACAUAUUUUCUACGAACAAACAGGCUCCGCAGUUUGAGGCCUUGCCGACAAGUAUUCUGGUUAGGGAGGACCUCGCGCCCGGAGCUAGUGUUUUCCAGGUGAGGGCACGGGACGACGACGUGGGCUACAACGGCCGCAUUCUCUUUUCCAUAUCGAACAGAGACAAAGAAAACUGUCUGACUAUCAACAUGGACGACGGCUUGCUGACUGUCCUACAGCCGCUGGACCGCGAGCGAACCGACCGCUACUUCCUCAACAUCACAAUCUAUGACCUGGGCAUCCCCCAGAUGUCGAACUGGAGGCUCCUGACCGUUAUCGUGGAGGACGCCAACGACAACGACCCAGAGUUUACCCAGGACGCCUUCUCGACCCUCGUCGCUGAAAACGCUCCCGUGGGUUCAGAGGUCAUCGCCGUCACUGCAUUUGACAGAGACACAGGUCAAAACGCGCAGCUAUCCUACAUUUUGCUGACCAGCGUGCCUCAGUUCGGCAUCGACAGCGAGACGGGGAGCGUUUUUGUCGCCAGCAGCUUGGACAGGGAGAGUUUCCCGACGUUCACGUUGAAGAUUGAGGCCAGAGACAAGGCCGAAAGAGGCAACCGGAGGUCGUCCGUGACUACUUUGAACAUAAUAGUGGAGGACGUCAACGAUUGUGCGCCGUCCUUCAUCCCGAGCACUUACAGCGCUCGAGUCCCGGAAGACCUUCCUCCGGGUGCUGUUGUUACAUGGGUGCAGGCCAAGGACCCAGACGUCGGCCCUGGAGGACUCGUCAAAUACUCCUUGUCCAAUGAUUUCAACGGCACUUUUGAGAUAGACGCUCUGAGUGGAGUGUUGAGGAUCAGGAAGGAGCUGGACUUUGAGAAGCAACAGUUUUUUAACCUCACCUUGCUGGCCGAGGACAGGGGAAAGCCCACACGCAGCAGUCAGACGUAUGUGGAGGUGGAGCUGGUGGACGUCAACGAGAAUUUGUACGCGCCGUACUUCCCCGACUUUGCCGCGAGAGGCUCGGUGAAGGAGAACUCUCGAGCGGGCACCAGCGUCCUGGCGCUCCACGCCAAGGAUGACGACAGAGGGAGGGACGGCGCCUUGAAGUACUCCAUCAGCGGCCUGGGCGCCUUCACCAUCGACGAGGACACAGGAGUGAUUUACACGUCAGGCGUCCUGGACUGCGAGAGCAAGGACUCCUAUUGGCUGAGGGUCUACGCCACAGACCGAGGGGUCUGGCCCCUGUCGGCUUCUGUGGAGGUCUUCAUUCAGGUGGAGGACGUGAACGACAACGCGCCCCUCACCUCGGACCCCAUCUACCACCCGGUCGUCAUGGAGAACUCGCCCAAGGACGUGUCCGUCAUCCGGAUCCAGGCGCAGGACCCGGACCUGACCGCCACGCCCAGUCGUCUGAGUUACCGCAUCACCGCCGGCAACCCGCAGAACUUCUUCUACAUCAACCCCAAGACAGGUCUGAUCACAACAACGGCGAGGAAGCUGGACAGAGAGCAGCAGGCGGAACACUUCCUGGAGGUGACGGUCCUGGACGGGCCGGUGACCACCCGCCAGUCCACCGUGUGGGUCAUGGUGCACGUGGACGACGAGAACGACAACCCGCCCGUCUUCCCCGAGGUCACCUACCGCGUCAGCUUGCCCGAGCGGGACCGCAGCAGGCGCGGCGAGGCCGUCUACCGCGUCUUCGCGCACGACCGCGACCUGGGCGCCAACGCCAACGUCAGCUACAGCAUCCUGGACGGCAACGGCGACGAGACGUUCGGCAUCGACCCGCGCACCGCCACGGUGUCGUCCAAGAAGGCGGUGGCGGCGGGCAGCUACUACGUCCUCACCAUCAAAGCGGAGGACGGCGGCGACCCCCCGCUGUGGACCACCGUCAAACUCCACGUGGAGUGGAUCGACAGGCCCGCGCCCUCGCCGCUGCCCCUGCUGUUCACUCAGAGGUGCUACAACUUCACCGUGGUGGAGACGGCCGCCGUGGCCCAGCCCGUGGGGGCGGUGGCCGUGGGUCAGUCCGACACCCCCGUAUGGUUCAACAUCGUCGGCGGGCGAGUGGCGAGAGAAAUGUUCUACAUUCCGCAGAACGCGUGCGGGAGAAACUGCUCGCUGGACACAGGAAGCUUCGACAUGCAGUUUGACCUCCAAGUGGGCGUGGGCACGGUGGUGGUGGCCAGGCCGCUGGACGCCGAGGCGCAGGGCGUGUACAACAUGACCGUGCAGGUGACCGACGGCACUAACGUCGCCACGACGCAGGUGUUCAUCCGGGUCCAAGACAGCAACGACAACCCUCCGGUCUUCUCUCAGCCGGCCUACGACAUUAGCGUCUCAGAGGAUGUCCCCGUGGACACGGAGCUGCUGCGUGUUCGAGCGUCGGACAUGGACGAGCGCAGUCGGCUCAGUUACUCCAUUUACAGCAGCGUGGACCCGGCCAGCAUGAGGCUGUUCAGAGUCAACCCGGGCACGGGCGUCGUGUACACGGCGGACCGGUUGGACUACGAGGCUCGAACGCAGCACAUCCUCACCGUCAUGGUCAAGGACCAGGAGUUCCCAUUCAACCGAGACCUGGCUCGGAUCCUGGUGGCCGUGGAAGACGCCAACGACAACAUUCCCUACUUUACCAGCACCGUCUAUGACGCCGUGGUCUACGAGUCCUCUGUUGUCGGUUCGUCGGUGAUGCAAGUCACAGCUCUGGACAAAGACAACGGGAUGAACGGACAACUCACCUACACCAUACAAGCAGGUAACACUUGGGGUGUGUUUGCCAUAAAUAACAGCACAGGCCUAAUCUUCAUCGACAAGGAGCUGGAUAUCACCUCGGUGGGCUUUUACACGCUCACCGUGCGAGUCACCGACAGCGGAUUUCCUCCACUAAUGGCCCUGUGCUCUGUCCGUGUCUCCUUGAUGCUCUCCGACUUGUCCAAGCCCAAAUUCUCUCAAGAGGAGUAUCACGCCGAGAUCAUGGAGAACAGCACCGCCGGGACUUACGUGACCGCUGUUCGCGCCGUGAGCCACUCGUCGCUCAUUUAUGACAUCACCAAGGGCAACGAGGAAAACCGCUUCUUUAUUAAUCACCACACCGGCAUCAUCAGCACACGCAAACUCUUUGAUUUUGAGAAAACGCCAUCCUACUUACUGAUGGUCCGUGCUUUAAGCAUGGCAGGCGUGGAGGCCAGCGCCACAGUCGUCGUGCAGGUGGGGGACAUCAACGAUAAUGCACCUGUCUUCCAACAAUUAAGGUACGUGGGGGUGAUCAGUGAGGCGGCCCCACUCAACAGCGUGGUUCUGGCGGACGAUGGCAACCCUCUGGUGAUCCAGGCGAUCGACGAAGACCGCAAUCACAACGCCCUGCUGGUAUUCCAGAUUAUAGACGAGACCGCUCGCAUGUUCUUCAGCGUGGACCCUGGGACUGGUUCAAUCCGGACGAUUGCCAGUGUGGAUUAUGAGACCUUCCCUGAGUUUGUUUUCAGGGUUCAUGUCAGAGACAGCGGACAGCCUUCAAAAAGUGCUGACAGCCCUGCUGAAGUCGUCAUAAAGGUCAUCAAUAUCAACGACUCACCCCCAAAGUUCUCUCAGGACAUGUAUGAGACCAUCCUUCUGCUGCCUACCUACGUGGGAGUCGAGGUCCUGCGGGUUGACGCAUAUGACCCAGACAUGAUUUUGGACUCUGACAAGUCCCCCACUCCUCAGCUGGUUUACUCCUUGGUGGACCGAAAUCUGGAGCACUUCACAGUGGACCGCAGCAGCGGGGUUGUAACGGUCAUCAAUCAGAACCUCAGCAGGGACCGCUAUCGAUUCAACUUGAAGGUUUGGGAUGGCCGUUUCUCUAGUGUGACGUUGGUCACGGUGCUUGUCCGCCAAGCCGUCAACAGCGGCCUUUCCUUCACCUCCCCGCUCUACACCGCCUCCGUUCGAGAGAACACUCGGAACAUGACCACACUCGCCGUGGUGAAUGCCGUUGGCCACCGCCUUAAUGAACCACUCAGGUUCUCGCUGCUUAACCCUGGCGGUCUUUUCACCAUCCGGCCGACGUGUGGUGCGCUGAUAACCGCCGGAGUCCCCUUUGACCGCGAGGAGCGGGACAGUUAUGAGCUGGUCGUGGAGGUCCGUAAAGAGGACGAGGUACUGAAGGUGGCAAGGGUCACCGUCAUAGUGCAGAUUGAAGACGACAACGACAAUGCCCCAGAGUUUGUCAACCUCCCUUACUACGCCACAGUACAGGUGGAAGCAGAACCCGGGUUGUCUAUUUUCAGGGUGUCGUCCACUGACCGAGACUUGGGCGUAAACGGGCAGGUGACCUACAGCCUCAAAGAGCCACACAGAAACUUCCAGGUGAAUCCUGUGACAGGUGAGCUGAUGUUAAAGAGGGUGUUUGAAGCGGACUUGUCAAAUGCAGAGUACAAGGUGGCCAUCGUGGCUGCGGAUGGUGGCGCCCCCUCCCUGUCCAGCGAGGUGGAGCUUCCAAUCACGGUGCUCAAUAAAGCCAUGCCAGUGUUCGACAAGCCCUUCUACGGCGUCACGGUCCCAGAGGACGUGGCCGUGUCGACCUCGCUCUUGAGCGUCAACGCCACCAGCCCUACCGGCCAAGGCAUCAUCUUCACCAUCGCAGGCGGCGACCCUUCGCUCCAGUUCGACAUCGGCUUCGACACGGGCGUCGUCAGCGUGCUCUACCCGCUGGACUACGAGACCACGCAGUACUACCGCCUCACCGCCAGGGCCACCGACACACUGACGGGGGCCAAGUCCGAGGUGGACGUGGACGUUGUCGUGCUCGACGUCAACGACAACCCGCCGUUGUUCCAGAAGCCCUCGUACUCGGCCGUGCUGGCUGAGAACGCCAUGAUUGGAACCAGCGUCUUGCAGGUGUCCGCUCAGGACCAGGACUCCGACAAGAACUCGGCAGUGAGCUACCAGAUCGUACCGGACCUCAACAACAGCACGGACUACUUCCACAUCGAACGCGACGGCGGCCUGGUCUUCACGGCGCGCCUGGUCGACUACGAGCUGGUGCAGCGCUUCAACUUCAUCGUCAGGGCGACGGACAGCGGCGACCCCGCCCUCAGCAGCGACGUCAGCGUCGCGGUGGCCGUCGCCGACACCAACGACAACCCGCCCAACUUCAGCCAGUCGCUGUACGAGGCUUUCGUCAGCGAGCUGGCCCCCCGGGGACACUUCGUGACGUGCGUCCAGGCGUCGGACGCCGACAUGGGCGACGCCCACAAGCUGAGGUACAGCAUCCUGUCCGGGAACGAGAGGAUGGCGUUCGGCAUGGAGGCGGAGUCCGGCGUGCUGCGUUUGUCUAACAAGAGACGACAAGGCAUGAAGCUCUUCCAUCAGCUCAACGUCUCCGUGUCAGACGGCGUCUUCACCAACACGGCGCAGGUAGUGGUCCGUGUCCUGGGAGCUAACCUCUACAGUCCGGUCUUCAGCCAGAGGUUUUACUUGGCAGAGGUCCGCGAGAACGCGCCGCCGAGGUCAAAGGUCAUCCAGGUCCGAGCCACGGACGAGGACUCGGGGCUGUUCGGCCAGAUCACGUACUCCUUCGUCAACGACUUUGGGAAAAGUCGUUUCGUGGUCGACGCCGACGGUGUCAUUUCUACCGCCCUGAAACUGGACCGGGAGGACCCUGAGAACAAGGACAUCGUGCUGACCGUCAUGGCGCUGGACGGUGGAGGACGUGCUUCCUUCUGCACGGUGCGAGUGGUCCUGGCCGACGAGAACGACAACGCGCCUCGGUUCAGGGCCGUGGAGUACCGCAUGAGCGUCAAAGCCAACGCCGGCAAAGGUUCCCUGGUCACACAAAUCCAGGCCAGCGACCCGGACGGCGGCGCCAACGGGAGGAUCGUCUACUCCCUCUACAGCGAGGCGCGCUUGUCCCUGGUGGACGUUCUGGAGGUGGAGUCCGACAGCGGCUGGAUGAUGACCAAGAGUACCAUGGACCACCUGCAGGGGACGGUGUUGUCCUUCUUCGUCAAAGCCACAGACUGCGGCUCGCCGGCCAAACACUCGCUGGUGUCGGCCUUCAUCCACGUGGUCCCGCCGGACGCCUACAUCCCGUCUUUCAGCCAGCCGCAGUACUCCUUCACCAUCCCCGAGGACACGGCGGUGGGGACGGCGCUGGGCUCGGUCUACAUGGGCCUCGGGCAGACCGGAUCCUUCGCCGCCGUCGGGGGGGAGACGCCGGACAGCAACCACGGGGGCACCUUCCUGGUGGAGGGCGACACCGGCCUGAUCCGCCUGGUCAAGCCGCUGGACUACGAACGGAUCGGCAUUUAUCGCUUCAAAGUGGCAGCCGCCACCAGGAGAGACCUCAUCGAGUCCAUCGCCAGUGUGGACCUGGAGGUCAAGGUCUUGGACGUGAAUGACAACAAGCCAGCGUUUGAGACUGAAACCUACGUUGUCACGGUGAUGGAGGGGAUGCCGGUGGGGACCAGAGUGGUCCAAGUGCGGGCCAUAGACCCAGACUGGGGUUCUAACGGCCAGGUCACCUACAGUCUCGGCCCGCUUCUUACCAACAACCGGGACCGGGGUGGAGACCUCCGGCCCGCCGGGACCGGCACCACGGCUUCCGCGUUUGCCGUGGACAGCAAAACGGGCUGGAUCACCACCACCGGCCCCAUGGACCACGAGGCCUGUUCCAGCUACAGCUUCCAGGUGCUGGCCUCUGACCUGGGCGAGACCCGCUCCCAGUCCUCCAGCACCGUGGUCACCGUCACCGUGUCCGACGUCAACGACAACCCGCCGCACUUCGAGAGGCAGCUGUACCGCGGCGCCGUCAAGGAGAGCGACCCCCUGGGCGAGGUGGUGGCCGUGCUGAAGACCAGGGACAGAGACGGCACGGACCAGAACCGCCUGGUCAACUUUUACAUCACGGGGGGGAACCCGCGAGGCGUCUUCGGCCUGGCGCUGGUGCAGGGCGAGUGGAAGGUGUACGUCGGCGGGCCGCUGGACCGCGAGCGGCAGGACUGGUACUUGCUCAACAUCACCGCCAGCGACGGGCUGUACGUGGCGCGCACCGCCGUGGAGGUGACCGUCAUGGACGCCAACGACAACAGUCCCGUCUGCAAGCAGGCCGUGUACACCGCCUCUUUUCCUGAGGACAUCGGCCCGAACAAGGGUGUGCUGACCGUGGGAGCGACAGAUGCUGACUCAGGCUCCAGUGCGGAGAUCCAAUAUUCGCUCUUUGGCAUCGGCGUGGAAGACUUCUACAUGGACGCCAACACGGGCGAGCUGCGCACGGCGGCGCCCAUGGACCGCGAAACCACGCCCGCCUACAAGCUCAUCGCCCAGGCGACGGACGGAGGCGGUCUCUUCUGCCGCGCCGACGUCUCCCUCAGGGUCUUGGACGUCAACGACAACCCGCCCUCGUUCGCGUCCUCGCGCUACGCGGCGAGCGUGUACGAGAACGCCGCCGCCAACACCCUCCUCACGCGGCUGCAGGCCAGCGACCCCGACGAAGGCCUCAACCGGACCGUGGCCUACUCCCUGCUGGACUCGGCCGACGGCUUCUUCUCCAUCGACCCGGUUUCCGGGGUGGUGGUUCUGGAGAGGACCCUGGACCGGGAGAGCCGGGACUCCUAUCGGCUGCGCGUACGGGCCAGCGACCAAGCCGGGCUGCAGGGGGCGCUGUUUUCUCAGGUGGACUUAACCGUCUUGGUCUUGGACGUCAACGACAACGCCCCGGUAUUCCAGAGGCGGGACUAUGCCGUGACCGUCCCCGAGGACGUGGCGGUUGGGACCGAGGUGCUCCGAGUGCUGGCGACGAGCGCCGACAUCGGUCCCAACGCCGACAUCGCCUACAGGAUCCGCUCGGGCAACGAGUUGGCCAAGUUCUCCAUCGACAGGAUCCUCGGGUCCGUUUUCGUGACCGACGACUUGGACUUCGAGGUGUGCAAGGACUACUACCUGACGGUGGAGGCCUGGGACGGCGGCAGCCCUCCGCUCAGCGCCGCCACCAUGGUGAGCAUCCAGCUGAUGGACGUCAACGACAACGCCCCGGCUUUCAGUCAGGACGUCUACAACGUGCUGGUGGGCGAGGACGCGCCGGUCGGACAGUCCAUAACCAAGGUGCUGGCAGAGGACCUGGACAGCCAAGUCAAUGGACGCAUCACCUACUCCAUCCUCAAAGGCGACCGCGCUAACCACUUCUGGAUCGACCCGGUGACGGGGCUCCUCAAAGUCAAUAAGCGUCUGGACCGAGAGCUGGUGUCGCGGUACGCCCUGUCAGUGCAAGCCUUCGACAGCGGCUCCCCCGCCAUGUCCUCCAGCGUCGCCGUCAACGUGGACGUCGCCGACAUCAACGACAACGCGCCCGUCUUCAUCCCGCCCAACUCCACGGCCGUGGUCCAGCUGAGCCAGGCUGCCGGCAGCGUCCUGCUGCAGCUGUCCGUCAGCGACAAAGACUCCCCCAGGAACGGCCCGCCCUUUGAGUUCCGCCUCCUUUCUGGAAACGAGGGAGGGUUCUUCGCCUUGGACCAAACCGGAACGCUGAGGUCCGACGGCGUCUUCGGGCCAGAGUCCCCGAGGGAGUUCACCCUCGAAGUCCAGGCCCGCGACUCCGGCAGACCUCCUCUGGUGUCGUCUUCCUGGCUCUUCCUGCGCGUCAUCGGGAACAGUCAGUACAAACCCGCCGCCUCGUCCUUGGAGGUCAUCGUCGUCACGGCAACCGACACCUUCCAGGGCGGCGUGAUCGGUCGCAUCCACGCCACGGACCGCGACCCCAACGACGCGCUGUCCUUUACCCAGAAGCCCCAGCCCAAAAGCAUGUUCAGCAUUAACAGACGAGACGGAAGCAUUUCGGCUCUUCCAGGCUUGGAGCCCGGCAGGUACCAGAUGAACGCCACAGUCAGCGACGGACGCUUUGCGGUGAUCGCGGGCGUUUCGGUGCACGUGGAACAGGUGACCGAGGUUUUGUUGCGCGGCGCGGUUGCCUUGAGGUUCAGAUCCAUGUCCCCCGAGGACCUGCUGGGACGCUACCUGGGCCAGAUCAAACUGGCGCUGCGGACGCUGGCGGGCUGGCGAUGGUCGCCGGGGCAACAGGACCCGCUUCACAUCCUGGGCGUGCAGCCGGCGGAGGGCGAGUCCGACGUGGACCUCCUCGUGGCCGUCGAGCGACCCGAGACGUCCGGCGCCGGGCGGACGGGAGGCUUCUACUCGCCGUCGGAGGUGGCCGCCAAGCUGAAGGAGGCGGCGGCGAGGGGGCAACUGCGGGGGGUCCUGGCCGGGGCGGCGGCGGUGGGCGGCGCCUGCUCGGGGAAGCUGGCGUGCGGAGACAAGACGUGCGAGCAGGUGACGGCGAUGGAGGCCGGCUCGAUGGUCGCCUACAGCACGGAGAGGGUCAGCUUGGUGUCGCCGCGGUUCAGGCGGGUUGAGACGUGCACCUGUCUUGGUGGGACAUGCUCCGCCCCCGUGGAGCUCUGCCAGGGCCAGUCCUGUCCUGCAGACAUGCGCUGUGUUCGCACCGGCCCUACGGCGCCAUCUGUCUGCCAGUGUCUACCUGAGCGCCUGGACGAGUGUGCAGGCCAAAGCUCGCUGAGUUUCUCGGGCAGCAGCUACAUGAAGUACAAAGUGACGGAGGGCGACCAGAGCGGCGAGAUGAGGCUGAGCCUGAGGGUCCGCACGCUGCAGACCAGGGGGGUCAUCAUGUUCGCCAGGGUCAACCCCUGCACCAUGUUGAAGAUCGAAGGAGGGCGCCUGUGGUUCCAGCUGGACUGCGACAACACGCUUGGCAUCAUGGGAAUCUCCGGCAGGCAGAUCGACGACGGCCUCUGGCACGCCGUCGCCUUGGAGCUGACGCGGAAUUACACCCUCCUCUCGCUGGACGACAGCUACGUGGAGCGGCGGCGCGCGGCCACGGCGCCGGCGCGACUCUGGCCCGUGGCGCCGGAGUCCUCCUUCUUCUUCGGGGCGCAGGUGAGGCCCCAAACUGGCGAGGCGGCGCCCGGCGUCCAAGAUGGCUUCCAGGGCUGCCUGAGUUCGCUGAUGCUCAACGGGAGGGAGCUUCCUCUCCAGAACAAGCGCAGCCGCUACGCGCAGAUCGCCGGGCUGAGCGAGGUCAAGGCGGGCUGCGUCCUCCACCCGGACCCCUGCGUCAGCACGCCCUGCCUCAACGGGGCCGCGUGUGGCGGUCUGCCUAAUGGAGCUUUUACCUGCACCUGCAGCUCCGGCUUCACUGGGGGGCGCUGUGAGCUCCGAGUGACGCCCUGCAGCACAAGUCCUUGUCAGAACGGGGGCGACUGCCAGGCCGUGGGCGGCGGCUUCGUCUGCAGCUGUCCGCCGGGACUCGGCGGUCUCACGUGUGACCAGGACGUGGACGAGUGUGAGCGAGCCGAGUGUCGCAACGGCGGCGAAUGCGUCAACACGCCGGGGUCCUUCUACUGCAACUGCACGCCCGGGUUCGAGGGACGGCUCUGCGGCGACGACGACGACGGUGCAGGCGGCGACACGCAGGCGGAGCCUCUGUCCUACGUCGGGCCCGGCGAGAUCAUCGGCAUAGGCGUCCUCGCCUUCGUCAUCGUCCUCCUCCUCGUUCUCUUCGUCAUCUUCAGGAAAAAGAUCCAGUUCCGGAAGGAUUCAGCGGCGGGGGCGGGCCCCUUGGGGGGCGCGGCGGGCGUGUCGGCCAUCACGGAGACCAGCUACAUGCUGCGCAAGACGGGCAUGGGCGCCGAGGGCAUCGAGUUCAAGGCGGUGCGCGUGUCGGGGUCACCGGGGAAAACGGGCGGCGGCGCGUCGGGUCUCCCGCAGGUGACGGUGCGGCCCAACGCCCACUCCCCGCUGCUGGGGGGACACCAGAGCACAGACGGAGACGACGGCGAAGGCGGUCGGCUAAGCUUCCUCGCCGACAUGACCAACAUCAGGGCCAACAGGAGGGGCGUGGCCGUGUGCAGCGUGGCCCCCAACCUGCCCCCUACCGGCCGCCCCCAGCACAGCCCCGCCCACAAGGUGUCCUGGGAGGGCGGGGCUGCCGAGAGGAGGCGGGACAACGACUGGGGGCACCGGGCGUUCCAGAUGGAGAGGACGGACGAGGGCCACGGCGCUCCGCAAGGUGAGCCGACACACCGAGAGAGCGACGCGGUCGGUCUGUCGUCGGACUCGGCGUCGGAGGAUCUCAGCUCGUACACCUCAGAGUCCUUUGACGAUAACGCCUCCAUAGUGACAGUCAUCCGUCUGGUCAAUGACACGGUGGAUCAUAUCGAAAGUGAAGUGACCAACAUGGACAAGGAGCAGUGGCAGCACAGUCCUGCGUACCGCUGGGACUCCUCCAGCCAGACCUCCGGCUGGUUCUCACCGUCUCGCCUCCGCCCGUCGGAGUUGGGCUCCCAUUACAACCUGAGCGACACCCCGCAGAGCAUCAGGCGGGGGGGCAGCACCCGCUCCCUGCAGCUGGACUACCGAGCCCCGGUACCGGGCACAGACAGGAGCCAGGACCCGGGUCCGGAGGUCGGGAGGAGGGCCUUCCAGUGGGAGAGGAACCAGUCCGGAGAGUGGCAAAGGAAGCGGCGGAAUCCGAGUCGGGACCAGCGCGGCAGCUGCUCCUCGCCGGUCUACGAGGAGUACCGAGAACCCAGGCGGGACUCGGAGCCCGGCGAAGACUCGGAGGUCCUUUACGACACCCUGCCCCCGUCACGAGACGCCUACGAGGGAUACCCGUCCAGCCCGCCGGGCCUCAGCUUGCACCCGGCCCAGCUCCUACCCCCGCUGAGGGCGUGGGACUUGCACGCGGAGGAGAACUGGAGGGGGUCCGGAGAAGGCGGCGCUCUGGGCUCCAGCAACGUGACGGGGUCCGGGGACGAGCUGGAGAGACUGUUGAACCUGGUGUCGCUACGAGCCAGGAGGGCCACGCGCACCAACAGGACCUCCACCGGGUCGGAGCCGGCGGCGGGCUGGGACGGAUUUAAGUGAACUUUCACCAACGACAGCCAGGGGGCGACGUCGACUCGCCAUUUUUCUACGUGGAUCCAUGACGUUAGCGCAGGGGUGUCCUUUGCGUUCUUUCCAAAAUAACACAUAAAAGGAAAUGUUGAUGCUGAAAACUGGCGAGGAACAAAGUCUUUUUUUAAACCGAUAAAACGAUUUUUUCCAAUUUAAUUUAUAUAAACAACUUCCUUUGCGGCGUCUUCAGCAGCAGGCGUUUGAAAUGCGGCUGACAAGUGUUGAUGUGUUGAAGCGUGAUGGUUUUUUUUCCCCCCCCCCCAUGCGAAAUUUUUGCGGGACAUUUGUUUUGUUUUGUUUUGGAAAUGACAACAUGGGUCAGAGAAAUGGAGCGCUCGAUUUGCUCACCCUGAGUGGGUAACUUUGCUUCAUCAGUCUUUUGUCGUUGUUUUUUUAACAUCCUUACUGGACUUAUCGGUGAGGCAACAUACUGUAAUUCCUCGUAUCGGCAUGGUCAUUUAUCAUGCACCCCUUUGGAAAUGAAAUACCCUAUUUUCCAUAAUAUCUUUACAAUUUGGGAUAAAACAAAAAUAUUUUCCAUAUAUAAGUCGCACUGGACUAUAAGCCGCAGAUAUGUACGUUGUGAAAUGAGUUAUUUACAAAGAAACAUGUCAUAAAUAAUUAUUUACAUACCUUAAUUGUUUCCCACUGCAAGGCAGUAAAACGUCGGAUCAAACAAAACAGAAGUCGUCGUCAUGGAUCCGCUAGCUCUCCAAUCAGCUAAACAGACUCAAUAACUCCACGGUGACGUUUUGGUGAGUUCCCGAAACUGAAACAACACAAAAAGAAUGUAAGUUAAUAAUAUUGACACAAGACACUCGUAAACGUGUUAGCAUACUAGCCAAAGCUAACGAUGAUAGCACAUACAAAUAUGCAUGACGACACUCCGACAGAGACCACAGAUGGGACGCCUUAGUUGUUUACGUUAUAUUGUAAACCUUACAAACGUUACUUGAAGAAUCCAUACGGCUAGAAGACUGUGCGGCACUUGAAAGCACCUGCAGCGAGCAAAUUCAUCCAAAAGAUGGCGCUAGAGCACAAACAAUAAAACACCUCAAUGUGUGUUGCUUGUUUUUCUUUUUUUACUUUCUCUAUUAUCGCCGACAGCGAAGAAAAAUCCAUAAAUUAGCCGCACCGUUUUGUAAGCCGCAGAGCUCAAAGCGUAGGAAAAAAAGUAGCGAUUUAUAUACUUUAAUUUUCCAGUGUGCGGCUCUCGUGGAAGACGUUUGGACACUCCUGCGCUAGCAGAGAGACAUAAACGAGGUGCAGAAGCACCCCCCCCCUCCCCCCCACCAUUGUAGACGUCACAUGAGCAGUUUGUUUUGGGGGUACAAGUUGCGGGGCUUCACCUGGGAGAUGCUAUUAAGAUGAACGCCAAGCGGGUGCCGGAGAUCUUUGUUCAAUCGUUUCAUUACUCGCCAGUUAUUCAUUUCAUAACGACCGAGGUCAUUUGGCGGCCGAGGUCCAAGCGGUAAUGAAAUAAGACACUUUGAAGAACACACACUCAGCCUCUAAUUCAACUCCACUUCCUGUUAGUUGUCUUCUUUUAUCCAUGUGAAUAAA